AUGUUCAAAUUGCCGGAUUUAUUACCAUUUACAUCGUCUGCCAACAUUAUUGGAGAAUCAUCUGAAUUUCAAAAUGCAGAAGUUGAUAUUUGGACAAGAUUUUUAGAGAAGAAAUUAUCUUAUUUUGAUUUUACAGAUCAUGAUCGGCUACAGUUGAGAAAUAUAUUUUUAAAAAUAUUAUCCAAUAUUCUAAAAUAUGAACGAGAACAAGAUUUUCAAUUACUUGAUGCUGUAUCAAAACGUCUCAUUGAAUGUGCCAAUGAUUUAUCUCAAGAUAAUAUACUCAAUGAUGAUGAAAUCCGUUCAAAACUUCGUUUAUUACAUAAAAAACUUAGUCAGCCAACAAAGUAUAAAAAAAGAUAUUCGUGUAUUAAUAAUCUUAUUGAGUUAUCGGAUAACAUGUAUCCAAAAUGGGAUAGUCUAUCUCCAAAAUUCAGUCGAAACACGGAUCGUUUGCCACCAAUUACUAAUCGUUCACCAGAUACCUAUAUAUCACUGCCAAAAAAGAGAACUAUUCCACAGUCCACUAUAAAUCCAAAACGUUUGACAAUGCAUGGUUCACUUACAUUACAAAAUAUUUAUCAAUCACUACCAGCUGCCGCCAAAUAUUUUGCCGAAGACGAAUAUGUCUGGCAUGAAAAACGUCCAGCCAAUGUUAUUUUAGCUACCGGUGUUCAAAUACCAAAUGUUCUUACUACAUCUACAUUAAAUACAAAUGAAGAAAAUGAAAAGUUUUUUGAUAAUUUAAUUAUGGAUCUACUUGAACAUCAGAAACAACAUGCACGUACUACAAAAUCCAUUCCAGACUAUCCACGAGAUGUGAUAGUUGAAAUGAAUGGUUUUGAAGCUUUAUUGGAUUUAGUUCAACGUCGUCAUUUAGGAAAAUUAGAACGAUAUUUUUUAAAUAUUGCAACGAAUAGACAUUAUAAUCCGUAUGAUUUAAUCACAGUAGCAGAGCAUAAGGCUGAUCCUUCUGAACACUAUGUUUUCUCUGUAUUUGGAAUAUUAAAUAUUAGAAAUUCUGGUUUUGAUAUCGAAAGUUUAGAAUUAGCCGAAUGGUAUCGUCAUGCAAAAUUAUGGAAUGCAUGUAGACAAAUACCAUUUUUUAAAAAUUAUCUAUUAAGAAAAGAAUUUGAUCUUUGGUUAUCAAAUGCUCGAUAUACAAAAUAUGCUCGAAUUCGUUUAGAAGUGAGACAAAAUCAUUUGUUAUUAUCAAAUACAAUAUUUCAAAUAUCAAUUAUUGAGAUUAGAAAACUUUUACUUGAAUAUGAACGAAUACCAUUACUUCCCAUAUUUGAGACAAAUUGUACAUUAUCGUUGAAUGAUUUUGAACAACUUGUCAAAAAGUAUAUCGAAGAAACAAUUGGUUAUACAAUAAAAUUUUUUAAUCAUGUGAAAACUGUUCUCGAUUUGGGACGAGAAACAUUAUCAAAAAAAUUACAUGCUGUUCUUCAAUGUCUUCACGAAGAUAGUAUUGCCUUUAGUGCAAUUGGUGGUUCGAUUCAUGAACAACGUUUACGAAAAGAAAGUUUGAGAAAAGAUCUUGAACAAAUGCAAAAUGAUAUAAAAAAUAUUUGUCCAUUUUUAAAUUUAUGCAGUUGUAUGUUAUCAUCUUAUUUAUGCAAUAUUGAACGUGAAUCUCUAAAUCAAUUUUCAAAUCUUAUAACAUCUUCAACAACUAAUUCAAAUAUAACAUUUUUAACAACUUUACAUUUAAAUGAUUAUGAAUCUACCAAAAUGUUAAUGUGUUUACCAUCAUAUGAUGAUUAUUUAGAACUGCUUCAUACUGUGUUAAAUCAACCUCAAAAAAUAUUAAUCAACGGUUGGGAACAAAUGAAUCUAAAUACAUGUCUAAAAGAUGUGGAAAAAUUCGGAAAAGAUAUGCAACAAGAUGGGUUAACUCGGGUUUGUGAAAUGUGUGGUCAACAAAUAUUUACAGUACUGACUACAAUGCCAACAUGCACAUGUCUUAAUCAAUCAGCGGAUCAUAGUCCCGUUAAUGAAACAUCAAAAUCUAUCAUUCCCGAUCAAUUAUCAAUACCGAUCGUUCAAGGUUAUGGUUUUUAUGGAACAACAAAACAAAAUCAACUUAUUGGAUUCGAAUCCAUUUUCAUAAACGAUACUGCUUAUUCGGAAAAGAUUUCUGAUAUAUUGUCAAAAGUGAAAGAGGCAUUUGAUGAAAUUGAUCAAUAUUGUGAACAAAACGACUGGCUUAUUGAAAUAAAUCGAUUUUGUGUACAAUGGACACCAAAUCAAAUGAAACAAAUGUCAGAAUCAAAACAAAUUUUUUCUAUUGAAGAACAUUGUACUAUGUUACGUGGAUGGAUUGAUAAAACUCGUACAUUCGAAUUAUCUUAUUCCACUUCAACUCAAUUGCUAAAAAUAGAUUGUUCAGUUAUUUCACAUCAAUUAUGUACGAAAGUCGAGACAAUUUAUGAAAAUUUUGGAACAUAUCUAUAUCGAUACACAUUUACAGAUUCACAAUCAUUAAUCGAUAAAUUUCAACAUGCUAUAAACAUAUUUGAUAAUAUUCCAGCAUCAAUCGAAACGUUUGCUAAUUAUGCAUCAUUUCUUACAAUUCAUAAAACUCAAUUAUCAAAUUAUCAAGAAACUAUUGAAUAUUUAAAUAGUUUGUUUGAGAUUCUUCAUCUCCAUUAUGCAAAGUUUUACAAAGAUGAAACAAUUGAUAAACGUUUACAAGAGUGUUGGAAAUUAUUUCAAUUAAAAUUGAGUGAAGCAGCUGAUUAUGUUGCGUCGGAAACAUUGAUAAUUACAGAACGAUUAAGAGAUGCAUAUGAGAAAUACAUGAAUGAAGCCGAAAUAUUGUAUGAAACUUCAACGUCAGGUAUUUAUUUGGAACCGGAUCAAGAUCCAGUGCAAAUGGCAAAAGAUCUUCGAAAAAAUUGUCUGGAAUUUAUGAGUGUUGAAAAACAAUUGCGUCAAUAUUCCAAAUGGCGUGAAUUGAUUAGUGGCGAACCGUACGAUAUUAACGUGGUUGAAGAAUGGUCAACGGCCAUCGAUUUGAGAAAAGAUCUGUGGAAAUAUUUAGAAAUUACAAAUAGUAGUAUCAGAGAAUGGAAAGAUACUCCAAUUCAUAAAUUUAAUGUUCGCCGUUGUCAAGAUAAAAUUGAUUGUUGGUUAAAAAUUGCCGAAGAUUUCAAGUAUAAAUUACCUGAGAACGAUGCUGUAUUAGAACAUUGGUUAACAAUUCUCAAUGAAUUUCAACAACAUUUAGAUAUGUUAAAAAAAUUAUUGAGUGACGCUAUGACGCCCGAACAAUGGACACUAUUAUUUCGUGCCAAUGGUCAAGUGUAUGAUCCACAACAAUCUUAUAAACUAGAAGAUUUACUUAAUUUAAAUAUUUUACAACAAAAUCAAAAUAUAUUUUUAACAAUUCAUAAACAAGCAACACGUGAACAAAAAUUAAAAGAUAAACUGAGCUAUCUACAAACAUGGUUAAAUGAAUUACAAUACAGAAUGGCUAGAUAUAGGCCCUCAUUAAGGACGACACCAGUUCAUCGUCGUUUAACAUCUUCUUAUCGUCAACGUUUAAAUCGUUAUCGUGAAUUACGAACACGUUUAUCUCAAACAUCUUCAAAUACAACGCCAGACAUUGGUGGUCAAUCAUCACAAAUUACCGAAGCUUACAUUGUUUUAAACACAGAAGAAAUUUUACAUUUAGUUGAGGUAAUCAUAUAUUUAAUAUCAUACACUAGUAAUAAAUCAAGAAUAUCUUAA